AUGUUGGUCGUUACCUCUGCAGACAGUUCAAAUCAGGACAACAACAAGGUCAAGACUCUGAGGUUUAUCUUGACUGAAUAUAAGGACAAUAAUGAGGUGACGUUAAGCUGCUCUGUGUGGACACGUGGACAGUGUAGACACAGAGUGAAGUGGGUGUAUCAGGGUAAAGAUGUGGACAAAGACAACAAAGACUUGAAGACAUCACAGUCUAACUGCUCAGUCACUGUGUCCUUCCUGACUUCUCAUUUUAUUUGCACAUCAAAUCAUGAGUUACUGAAGUGUGAAGUCACAGAUCUCAACAAUAGAAAAGUGCAGCUGUAUAACUUCAGUCCUCAGUUGUCAUGUGAGAAACCAGGUGUGGCUGAAACAACAACAGAACCUGAAACAACGACAUCAACAACACAAGAAGUUCGUACAGAUUGUUCUGCUCUGAGCUACAUAAUGUUGGUGAUGCGUGUGGCUGAACUCCUCCUCAUCACUGUGAUUACUGUUCUUCUCUUCAGAGCUCGAGGGAACCAGAGACCACCUGAUGACAACAUUGAUUUAAACUCAGUAAGAAGCCAAACAGCAAAGCGUUCUGGUCCAGCAGCCAGUCAGGUAAAUAUCUGAUGGUGCGUUCAGGUUCUGCUGACUCCACUGUGACCUGUGUUCACUUUUAAAACUUCAACAGUCAGCUGGGAGGAAAAUCUGGGAGUUCAGGGCUCUUCUGGGGAGGAACAACUUCAUUUAUUUGUAUAUGUUAGAUUAUCUGUGAUUGUGUUGAAUGUGCAGCAGCAGAAACCUAAAGGUCAAAGAAGUAGGGUUGUGAUUUGUGAGUUUUCAGUGUGAGUGUGUCAGAGUGGGUUUCUUUGUGUUGUUUUUCACAGGAGCAGAAUGAUGAAGAUGAUGGUGCGGUGAACUAUGAAA